UGACAGUUUUUUUUUUUCUAUGUAUGCUGUGAAUCGUGUUUGCAGCGUGUCGCGUGUUUUCCUCGACAAUUUCCCGUGAAUCUCAGCAAUGGCUGGUCGUGGCAGAGGUCGGGCGACUUCCUCCUUCACCCAGGAGCAGCUCCAGAUGAUGGGCUGCGCGGGAAAGGAUCUACAGACAAUUGAUCGCACGCUGGCGCCUCCGCCACUCUUCCCCAUGUUGGCAACAAAACCAGUAGCUUUGGACAACUCCUCAGAGAGACAAUAUAAGGUGUUGUGGAAGGAGGACUUCAUUGGGUACUUGAGAGAUUCGCCGUACUUCACGAAAACCAAGACGCCGGAACAAAAGGUCCAGCGCUACUCAGAUGCAUACAUUGAUGUGCUGGAGGACACAUCUAAGAGCCGACAGAAGGGCGAGUUUCUCUGGGACACGAUGCCGGCGGAAUUGCGGCCGAGCGCGAAGCGCUUGAGGAAGCGCGAAGGACAGAGAGUCGUAGUGAAGACUGAGGGGAAAAAAGUCAAGGCGGUGGACAUUGUGGCGAAACUGAAUCAGUUGGAGAGACAGGAACAGACAGAGGAACGCACGAAGAUGACGAAAAUCAAGGAGGAGCCAGAGAGUGAGAAUGAAGAGGAGCAGGAAGAUCCGGAGAUGGAGGAUGAGGAGAUGGAUGAUGAGAAUGACUAUGGGAACAACUAUUUCGACAAUGGGGAGGCGUUCAAUGAGGAGGACGACAAUUUGGACGACGGUCCGAUUUAUUGAAAUUCUUGGUGGCGAAUUGCGGCGAGUGACGUCAGCAGUGACGUUUUCAACAGGCGAGAGGUGUCAAAACAGAGAGGAAAAGCGUCGAAAAAGCCGUGAAAACGGGCAGGAGAGUGUGGAAAAGGGGCGUUGAGGGUGAGAUAAGGUGCUUGCCAGUCGAUCGGCUGUGAAAAUCACGAUGGCGGGCAUUAAAUACAUGCUGCAAAA